AUGAGUCACGGGCGUGGAAAGUUCCCUCGGAGUGAUCCAUCAAGACGGCAGCAGAUGAGUUUGGUUGCUCCAGAUGUUUUCGGCGACAAACACACGCCUCCACGUUUGAACUUUUAGGCCUACUAUGAAAAAUUAUAGGCCUUUCAGCUGUUCUUUGCAGUGAGAUGAUGAGAGAUUUUUUUGCAGACGUUUAUUUUUUAAAAGUGCAAAUCUUCUCAAACUCGUUUUCAACCAGACUUUGCAAAGAGAAAAAUAGGCUCGAAAUUGCUUUGUUUGGCAUUCCAUCGCCGUAGGAACCAUUUAUAUUCGUCUUCGCUAAAAAAGGCGUCGUUAACCGUUGAGACAGUCUUCUGAGACCACACACGACGUCGUCUGGACGUCCCGCUGCGCUUCUUCUGCCCUUUUACGGCGACGUCUUCCGUCCAUCGGCUCGGAUACACAUUAAAACGCCGAAAUUCGAAUUGCCGCCAGACGCGUCGCACUAUAAAAAUGUUCUGAAUGGGAGACCGACGGGCGUCUUGGGAAAAUGGCAAUGUCCACGUGGAAAAGUUGGAUCGGGUCCAGAAAGCUGGAAAUGAACGCUGCGCAGCCGCUACGCGUGAAAAAACCGAUUUUUUUUGUGAGACGUUUUUGAAAUCGGAUUAAGCGUAAAGAAUCGCUUUCCGUGGUUAUAAUCACAUUACCAAGACUCUGGAGUUUUAUUUUGAUGUGAAACUAGAAACACAAAUAUUUGAGUUUUCUGUUUCUGAGGGUUCUUAUGGAAAUUAGAGUAUUCGAUUUCUCAUUUUAAUGUCAUUAGCAAGAAUGAGAACGAAACUUUCGAAGAACAGUAAUGUUGAAAUGUCCCUCAACCACUUCAUUACUUUUUCAAAAUAAUUCUGAAAAACUCCACUCACAUUUGCAGAACGAUCCUGUUCAAAAUGCUAAAGACCCCUUCCCCUAAUUUCCGCAAGGACCACCCUCCUGGCAAAAGCUCACGGAAUGAACCUGUCCCCGUGGGUCGUUAAUUCUCGCCAACUCGUGUCUCCAACGGACUGCCCUUUGCAGAUCCCAUCGAAGCGAUAAAAAACAUCGCCGAGGCUUUGAGAAUGGGUCUCAUCGCGAAAGGUUUUUUUGCGGACGAAUGACGUCGUGUGAGGUCUGAGAACGCCUCCAGGGAGAAGUUGGCCUUCCGCCAAGGCCAUUCUGCGGACCUCCAGUGAUUUCCGCACACCGAUGCAGAACAUCUGUGUCCACGGAGGUCUGGACAAAGUUCCGAGCACUAUUGGUAACAUGAGCAAUGCUUUUUGGUUCAAGCAUCUUUGCUCAUGUUAUAGACAGACCUAAAGACGACCUUUCUCAUUGCCUUUGCUAACAUGAGCAAUUACUUUUGAUAUCUGAGGAUCUCUUUCCUCUUCCACUUCUAACAAGAGCAUCCCCGGAAUUUUACAAAAUGAUCUCUGUGAAAAAAAAGUAUUUACCUGCUUUUGCUCUCACAUUUUUUCUCGAUUCAAACCUUGCAAAAGCAUAUUAUUUACGCGGAACGCCUGCCUGAGCAGGUCGGGUGCCAAAACAAUGCCCGAAAAAUAGCCAGACAGGAGGAAAAUUAACUUUGUCCUAUGACGGCAGAAAAAGCACUAAGGUCUACACAAAUUAGUUCGACGGCCCAUUGAACGCGCAGGCAAAGAGAAAAAAAAGGCGAAUGGGAAAAAGGACGAGGUUCCUCUGUAAUUAUGGGCGCUUCCUUCGCAUCCAAGUGUGCUCCAUGGAAAAUCUUCAUGGAAUUUAAUUUUGAGAAGGGGAUUUUGGAGUUGAACCUUUUCAUGAAUCUGGACGUAAGGUUUUGUUCCUUGAACUGAGGAGAACUUGGAGAAUUUUAUUCAGAUGAGCUCAGGAAAUUCGAAAAAAAAAAUCAAAGUUUUUGCACUCUCUAAAAAUGACUCAGUACCAGGUUCACUUCAAAAAACUCAAAUUCUUUAAAAAUUUGUAUUUUCAAUAAUCUUCAUAAGACAUUCUGAUAUUUGGCCUUUUCUAAAUGAUGACUCAGAACUCCCCUCCCGACAACCUAAGCUUUUUCCAUUAGCGAACCCCGAAAGAACUCUGUCGAUCUCUGUCCAAAGAAGGGAAGAGAAGCUUGGCGCGGCGCCAGCGGCUUUUCCCCGAACGGCGAAGCAAGCAACACGUCCUCAGCGUUCCUAGCGACAAGAAUCAAUUCGUCGCCGAGUUCGGACGGCGGCCUGGCGCUCCGCCAACGACUUUUUUGAGCGAUGAGCCGUCGGGAUUUGCCCUCGGCCGUCUAUCACUUGGCGGCAGCUUGAAUGUCGUUCCUCCAAAAAGGGAGAGAAAGAGGCCGCCAGAUUUGCAGCUUUGCGACUAG